UUCUCCAAAACCCAACAAAAGUAAAGUCCACAAGACUUUCUUCUUAUUCUCACUUCUCUCACCCCCAAAUUCCUUUUUUCUCUAUAAUCUAAUUCGUCUCUUUUCUCGAAUCAUCUCUUCCUCCCUCUUCAUCUGCUGCUCGGUUUUGAUCUGCUGUUAAAUUUCCCCAGUCUGUCAAAGUCUAAAUUUUUUUGGAGUAAAGAUUUCAACUUCGCGACAGAUGGAAGAAGGAAAUGUAUCGAGCAUUUUGACUUCUGCUGCAGCUUUUGUGGAAGGUGGAAUUCAGGAAGCAUGUGAUGAUGCUUGUAGCAUAUGUCUUGAAGCUUUUUGUGAUAGUGAACCUUCUACGCUGACUACUUGCAAGCACGAGUUUCAUCUACAGUGCAUUCUUGAAUGGUGCCAAAGAAGUUCCCAGUGCCCUAUGUGUUGGCAGUCUAUUGGCUUGAAGGAUCCCAGCAGCCAGGAACUGCUUGAUGCUGUGGAGCAGGAGAGGAAUAUGCAAAUGAAUCCACCCAGAAAUACAACUAUGUUUCAUCAUCCAGCCUUAGGGGACUUUGAGUUGCAGCAUUUGCCAGUUAAUGCAAGUGAGUCUGAACUUGAAGAACGCAUUAUUCAGCACAUAGCUGCUGCUGCUGCAAUGGGGAGGGCUCGUCAGCUCUCUAGGAGGGAGGGUCAGAGGCAUAGAACUUCUCAUGGCCGUCCUCGUUUUUUGGUAUUCUCAACUCAUCCUAACGAGGCUUCAGCUGCUUCUUCCCUUCCUCAUAGAGAAGGCAGUAGCCCCCCACCUGAAGUUAUUGCCACUGGCUCUAAUUCUCCAUAUAUGACCGUUGGAGGGGAUUCUGAAAAUUUUAUUUCACGGUCUUCUACUGCUCAAGCUGAACAGCUUGGGACUCCACCCUCGGGAUCAAGUCCUGUGACAUAUCAAUAUGGGACAUCUUCAAGCAAUAGGUCUCCUGCCCACACUUCUCCCAACAGUCAAGAGAGAGCUGGACCUUCAGAUUUCCAGACAUUUUCAGAUUCUCUGAAAUCUCGGCUAAGUGCUUUUUCAACUAGAUACAAAGAGUCCAUAACGAAGAGCACAAGAGGUUGGAAGGAAAGACUAUUUGCUCGCAACAAUUCUACGCCUGAACCCAACAGUGAAGUUCUUGAAGCUGGCCAGAGGAAUACUAGCAGUCCUGGAAUUGCUACUAUGUCACGAAUGAUGGAUCAUCUUCAAAUAGCACAACAUGGUGGAACCAACACAUCAACUGCCUCACGUACUGUAGAAGAUACCAGGUCACCAGAUUCUAGUGAACGUCAGGUCUUUGUGAUGGGAAGCAAUCUUUCUUUGAAUGAGGAUGAGGCACAAGCUCCGACUGCUGCUAGUCCUGCAUCAACCUAAGUGUUGAUUCAACUAUCUCAUCAACUUCAUUGCUCUUCUUUUGCUCAUGACGUCUGGCUAAUUCUACCUCGGAGGAUGCCGCUACAGUGAUUCGUGGGGCUAGUGGUAAUGCUAAAUCCAUGAUUGCAAUAAAUUAAGGAUCUUGAAUUGCGAUGUAUACACAAAUAUAUAGAGCUGUAAAUUUUGGCCUGUAAUCCCCUAUAGUUUAUGCGUUUUUGUUGAACUGGUGCAAAACAAUUACGUGAACCAUCCAUUGAAUUGAGCAGCAAACCAUCAAAACUUGUGGUUGGUUGAUGCUUCGUUUAUGUGAAAUUCGGCACAUGUACCAGCCAUUGAUA